GAUCCUCCAUCUGCCCCUUGCUCACCCUCCUUCAGCUCUCCCAUCUCCCUCGCUCCCCCGGCACCACUGACGACCGACCGGCACCCCUGGCAUGCACCUUCUCGCGGCCAACACGCCUGACGCGCGUGUUUGGAAAGGAAAGGAACGGGCUGUGGCGGGCGGAUCUCGUCUGGAUGCGCGGGAUGAGGGCACAGGCGGGACAGACGGGAUCGUCAUUCCCCUCCAGCUUCUUUCAGAGUCCGCAUACCAGUCAGUUUACGUCGCGCCCGUACUCGUCGGCCCUAAUCACAACCAGUAUCUUCUCCAAGUCGACACUGGUUCUUCCGAUCUCUGGCUCGCAUCGACAUCUUGUUCAACGUCCGCGUGCAACGGCGUCGGCGGCGGCAAGUACGACUCGUCGCAGUCAUUACCCACCGGUCAGACCGCCACUGUAAACUACGCGGAGGGAGAGGCGACCGGCCCCGUCGUCUGGGAUGCCGUCCAAUUCGGCGGCUACAGCAUCGACCAUCAAGCAUUGAUUGCCGCGUCUACUGUAAACGCGGAACCCCUGUCAUCCAGCUUCGUCGGAGUGCUGGGCCUCGCGCUACCACUCAACUCAGUCAUCGCCCAGAAGAUACCCCCGACCACGUCUGAUGCUCCCGACGGCGCGGCCAUCACCUCCAACAUAUUCGGAAUAACCCCCACGGGCACCGCUCCUUCUGCACGUUUCCUCUCCGUCGCCCUCGAGCGACCCGGCUCCGACAGGGUGUCGUCGACGCUUGGAAUCGGUCGACACCCGGCGGGCCUUGUCCCCGACCCCUCAAAAGUGCAGUACUCGUCGGUCGUCGCGGAAUCAGCUGGUUCGUUGUGGUGGCAGGCGAAUGUCCGCCAGAUCACCGUGUACGUCAACGGCCAGGCGAAGGUCGUCUCGCUCCCGCAGUCCGGGACCGGCACACGAGGCCAGCCAUCCGCGAUCCUCGACACCGGCGUACCGCUCAUCGUCGCGUCGCCCGCCCUCGCCUACGGUAUUUACGGCGCGAUGGGCUAUUCUCCCGCAGCCGACGGCACUGUCUACAUUCCGUGUAACCAGCCGCUCAACAUGUCCAUCACGCUCGACGACCGCUCCGAGAUCCCCAUCCACCCUCUCGACCUCACCUUCUACCCGUCCGACGACCCCUCCGCCGAGAACUGCAUCGGCGCGAUUCAGACGCCCGCGCAGAUCGGCGCCACAUUCACGCAGGCCGAUAUGGUCCUCGGCGUCCCCUUCCUCCGCAACACCUACACCGUCCUCGGCUACGACACGCCCAACUCUGCUGGGGUCUUCCCAAACAACACCGGGGCCUCGUCGCGCGUCCAGCCCCGGCUCGGGCUUAUGCCGCUCACGGACCCCGCGACCGCCGCCGCCGAGUUCCACCAGGUGCGUGUCCUCCGUCAACCGAUCACGUCGGGCAGUGGGUCGGGCACGACGAGUGCAGGCUCGGUGCAGAGCUCACCCAAAAAGGGCUUGUCGGUGGGCAUCGAGGUGCUCAUCGGCCUCGUCGGGUUCUUUGGCCUCUGCUUCGUGCUGUUCGGCGCGCGGCUCGUGUACAUGAAGCGCAAGUGGCUCACGGAGAAGCGCGCGGGCGCCGGGCCUCGGGACGGCAGCAUCGGCGCGGACUCGAAGGAGGGCUCGUACGUCCUUAACGAGCUCGGGUACCGCCCCGCGUCGCGCAAGAGCCACUCGAGCGCGCCUUCCGAGGACGAGCUCCGCAUGAAGCGGUACGAGGAGUACAAGCGGCGGCGCGACAUGGAGUCGUCGUACACGGACAGCACGACGACGCGCGUCGGAGACGACGACAACGCGCCGGACGAAUUCGGCGCUCUCAACGCGAAGGGGCCCGGGCGCGAGUCUCCGCGCGAGGACACCUUCCGCGAUCCGUGGGGCGAGACGACGCUCACGGACGGCCGUCCGCUGCUCCCCUUCGGCUCCGAGACGCUUGCGUUGCCUCCACCCACCGCGCGUCGCGCAUCGUACACCCCCGCUUCGCCACCGCCCGCCGCGCGCAGAACGUCGUACGGCCCCGCGUCGCCACUCGCGCACCACCGGACGCCGAGCGGCGGACCCGGCUCCGCGACACCUCUGCUCUCGCACACGCGCUCGUACUCGAACCCGCAGGACUCGGAUAUUGCCGAGUUCGGGUUCCCGUUCGACCGCAACGAGGUCGAGCGACCAGUGAGCAUGGCGGGCGUCGGGACGCAAGGGCGCAGUCGACGACUCGGGAGCGCGGGAAGCAGCGCGGGGCUGGGGCUGCCGUCCCCGCUGCUGUCGCCUUCUGACCGCGCGCUGCCGCCGUCGCCACUUGCGUCACCAGCGCUGCUGUCCCCGCGCGCGCUCGAGCCGGUGUUCUCGACGUCGACGUCGCGGAACGAGUCGCGCGUGUCCCUCACCGGGCACGAGCCGUAGUCCUACACGCCGGCGCGCCUCCUCUUCUGUACAUCCUAUUGUCUGCUCUUCAUGUCGUUUCUCCCGCCGCUCGUUAACUAGGGUUCACCGUCGGACUUCUCGUAGGGGCUCAGCUCGCGUACUAACUGCACCGCAUUGUAUUUCUACCGCACGGACUCUCCCUCCCGCCACGCUCGCUUGCUCUCGCGUCGAAUGCUCCGAUCUCCUGCGCCCGUUGCAUGCCUAUCCCGUUUCACGUAGUAUUAGUAGUCGCCUACCUUAGUGUACUUUUUCCUUGCUUAUUCUGCGCGCGCGCGCUGCCGUGGCCUUGCUCGUCUUCUGCACCGGACUUUGUGA